AUGGUCACAUUCGGAUACCUGGCACCGGAGUAUGCAUCGACUGGAAAGUUGACGGAUAGAUCAGACGUUUACUCAUUUGGAGUUGUGCUUUUAGAAUUCAUAACCGGCCGAAAACCCGUUGAUCCAACUCGGCCUUUGGAGGAUGAGAACUUGAUCGAAUGGGCACGAUCACUCCUUGUCGAAGCCCUUCACAUGGAUGAUUUUGGCGAAUUAAUCGAUUCACGGCUCGAAAAGCGUUACGUUGAGAGAGAGGUGUUUAGGAUGAUCGAGGCAGCUGCUGCUUGUGUUCGGCAUUCUGCCGCAAUGCGACCUCGCAUGGAACUCGUGGCAAGAGCAUUGGAUUUCGAGGGAAUUUCCGAUCUCUCAAAUGGCGUAAAAUUUGGACAGAGCAAUGCUUAUGAUUCCAACCAGUACAGUGAAGAUAUUACGAGGUUUAGGAUGACAGAACACAGCAGAAACAACCCCUCAGAAUUGGAGAUAUCAAGCUUAAUUAUCAGCUGUAAAUUAGAAAAGGAAGAUGACAUAAAAGGAAAAGAAGCCUAA